ACUACAUCGCACAGCACGGCCGCAUGCCCGAGGCGGACGCCCGCAGGAAGUUCUGGCAGAUCCUGUCAGCUGUGGAGUACUGCCACGACCGGAGGAUCGUACACAGGGACCUCAAGGCAGAGAACCUGCUCAUGGACGCCAACAUGAACAUCAAGAUUGCUGACUUUGGUUUCGGCAACUUCUACGAGCCUGACCAGCUCCUGGCCACAUGGUGUGGUAGUCCGCCGUAUGCUGCUCCCGAAGUCUACGAGGGCAAGAAAUACCUGGGCCCGCAGAUUGAUAUCUGGAGUCUGGGUGUGGUACUGUAUGUGCUGGUGUGUGGAGCUCUUCCGUUUGACGGGCCCAAUCUCCAGGUGCUGCGGGAUCGAGUCCUCUCCGGCAGGUUCCGGAUCCCAUAUUUCAUGUCUUCGGAGUGUGAACAUUUGAUACGCAGGAUGCUGGUGCUAGAGCCCAGCAAGCGCUACUCCAUGACACAAAUCCGCUCCCACCGCUGGAUGCAGAUAGACGGGGGGUACCCCCGCUCUGCUCCCCCGUCCCCCAUCGUCGGCUACAAUGCAAAGGUCGGGGAGUUCAACGAGCAGAUUCUCCGCAUCAUGCAGAGCCUGGGCAUAGACCAGAAGAAAACUAUGGAGGCACUACGCAAAGACGCGUACGACCACUACACUGCCAUAUACUACCUUCUCCUGGACCGGCUCCGACACCACCGCAGCAGUUUCCCAACAGACACACGAGUGGAUGCACGCCGCAGACGGCCCAGCACCAUCGCCGAACAAGCCAUGCUGCAGAAUCUGGCGGGCCGGCCACUGAUCGGCACAACAAAGCACGCAGGCUUCUCCCGUACCAUGGACGCGCCGGGGGUCGGGACGGUGUUGGUGCACAGAGGUUACCCCCUCUCCGAGGUGGACGUGGUCCCGCCCCCUCCCAGCGUGCCCCACUGUAUGAGCGAAGUCCUCCCGCAGCCCUUCCCCAAGCCACAACCCUUGGCUCCCGGCGGGCCAGGCGCGGGCUCGGCGGCAGGCAGCGUCAUUACGACGUCAAUCGACGAGGGAGUGGAGGUCGAUAUCAUGGACCGGCGCGACUCCGACGCCGAUUCUUUGUUGGGAGGGUGCGGGGGCUAUCCACCGCGGGCCGGUGGGUCUUUCUCUGGUUUCAGCCCACGCUCGGGCAUGCUGGACUCGAUUCACACGCAGAGCGGGAAUAGCGUGACACUCUCACCGUGCACCAGUUUCGAUUCUAGUCUGGGCGUCGAUAUGUCCACCCCUUGCCCGCCGCCAGCCUCACAACAACAACAACAACAGCAGCAGCAACAGCAACAUCUUCAUCAUCAGUAUCUUCAUCAGCAGCAGCAGCUGGCGGGGAUGACCCCCAUGUCUUCGUCAACAUCAUCCCCGCCACUGCCCCACCGCGGGCCGCUGUCCCGUCCGGUGACCUCCGGGUUUGCCCUGGCCAGAGACGCCCUCCUCGCUGGUGGGGGCAGCUACAACAACAACCGCAGUGCCGGUGGGCUGGCUGGUGGUGGUGGUGGGAUGUCCCAUCAAGACGGCUUUAAUCCCGCCGCUGGUGGUGGUGGGUCAGAGCAGGGGUCGGCAGGCCCCAUGCUCACGCUGAACCCCAUGCUUCUGUCCCACCUGACCAACGUGAGCGUGGUGGGCAACCCGCGACACACCCGUUACUCCAUCAGCGGGCCGUCGGGCGGCAUGGGUCCCGUGUCGCUUCACCCAGACAUGGGCGGGAUGAGCGGGCCCCAGUUCCUGCAGGUGAAUCCUGAGCUACCUCAGCCAGAGGAAAUGCUGCAGGAUCGAGCUCAGACAAGGUCACCGGUCAACUUCCGUGAAGGUCGGAGGGCGUCGGACGGUCUGGUCACUCAGGGGAUUAUUGCGUUCAAGCAGAAACUAAAGGAGAGCAUGAGGGCGCAGGGCAUGCUGGAGCUGAGGCAGGAACAUCAUCAGUUACAGAACAUGUACAGUUCAUCAUCGUCGGCGUGCGAGGAGAGCCCGAACAGCCCCACCCCCGCCCUCAACAUCUCAGUGGUCCCGUCAGCCAACAGCAACAACAGCGCUGUCCUCCUCUCCAGCGGAGACAACAGCCCCACGGGAAGCAGCAACAGCAACAACAGCAGCAGCAGCGUGGUUCUGUCACCGGCCAGCAAGUUGCCUCCCCCUCACCGCAAGCUGUCAGCGCCGCAUCACGGCUUCCGUCAGUGGUCAUUGGACGAGCCCACUAGUCAGAGGAGGCGGCCGCUCAUGAAGAGGAUGUCGCUGCCCUCAGAGACGUUUGAUAUACAGCCGCAGCGGUUGUUGGCCCUCAAACAGGCCAUACGGGUAGAGGAACAUCUGGUCAAAGCCAGCAGCCAGGAAAGAGUGGACUCGAACCAGGACCUAUCAGGCUCUUCCCCUACCCACGAAGCAGUCAUGAGCCCAGUGGGGGCUGGAGGUGGUGUUGGUGGAGGCGUCGGUGUCAGUAGCGGGAUGGGGACCGAGUCUGGGGCUGGAGUGACCGGAGGACUGACCAGUGGAGCGGCCGGAGGGCUGACUGGUGUGGGUGUGACCGGUGCUGGUGUGGUCAGCGGUUCGUCCCCGAACCAGCUGCGACUGCAGCAGAAGAGGCAAACGUUCCAGAAGCAUGGCCAGCUGGCGCAGCAGUUCCAGCAGAUGCAUCUGGUGGCUCAGGUGUCGCCGGCGGUGGCCGGGGUCACGGGGGUCGCCGCGGGAGCUCACCACACACCCAUCUCACAGGUAGCCCCAUCAUUACUGGCCCCCGCCUACCUCAGCCAAGUGAUGGGUCAGACGCCCACAGGGGUGGCGCAGAUGCAGUUGUUAGCACAGCAGCAGCAGCAACAACCACAACAUCAACAGCAACAGCAGGAGCCAAUGGUGCACCAGCAAGGGGAGUUGGGACCAUCGGUCAAUUUGAAUCUAGUCUCCGCCCCCCUUCUCCCCUCUCAGAGCACAUCUGGCUGUCAGCCAAAUGCCAGCUCUCCUAGGCCCAGCCUCUCCGAUGUAACGGGUGCCCAGAUCCUAGUCUCUACUGGCUCCGGCUGUCAGCCCAAUUUCUUUGGAGUGGACAGCAGUGUCCUGCAGGCAGCCCCCCCUGGUGUUGUGGCCCAGUCGUCGCCGCAGAUGUUGGGUCAGCCCCAGCCCGCGCAGCCGACGCCGAAUGUUGUGUGUCCGGAGGUUUACGUACAGACCAGCGGUGAGCUGCCACUGGGCGGGGUAAACGAUGGCCAGUCGGCUCACUCUCAUUCGGGUUUGAAUUCAGAAGGCUCAAACUCUACUGCUUUAGGUUUCGGCUCAGCGUGUUACGAGAUGUUGCCACAGCAGCAGCAGCAACAACAGCAAGGGUCUCCGUUGUUCCCAGGAGAUAGUACUCUGCAAGGCCUUGCAAUUUCAGGAUCCAUCGGUGGAGCAGUUGCGGGAAGCUGUGCACAACAGCAACAGCAGCAGCCUCAAGAGCUGUUCCCCAGCCUGUUUGAGCAGCGUCUGGCCAUGUCGUCUUUCUCCCAGCAGCCAUUUGGUGAGCAGCUGCACAGCUUGGUCGCCUCCCCUUCUCCUUUUGAGAUGGGCAGAAUUGCCGUUGGCGCAGGUGGUUUCGCCGGUCUCGCUCACCAGGGUAUGGGCGGCUACCAGAUGGACAUGGCUUCCAGUGGGAUCCCCAUCUUCCCCAAACAAGAUCCUACCGUGACUGCCGACAGCCCACUGGAUCCAUUCAGCCAGCAGCAGCAGCGACUCAAUCCCGCUCAGGUUUUCUCGAGCAAAAUGGAUCAAUCUUUACCGCUGAACGUAGCCGGAUGUGGAAGCAAUAACGACAACACCAGUUCGGUUUGCCUUGAAAGCAAUAACAGAACCUUUGCUGCAACCUCUGCCCUUUCAGCCCCCACCCACCACCAUCAGAAUCUGCCCGUAGCUGUGGGUGAGUCGCCAGGGAAAGAUGAAGGUCUCGUGGCAGUCAGUCAGGGGCUAACCCACCACCACCACGUGGGAGCCGGAGGGUUUGCCGGUUUGGGCCCAGAUGUGGGCCGAAUUGCAGGACCUCAAGAUUCGGUGGGUCCGUGUGUCGUAAUGGGUGGUGGUCAGACGGGACUCCCGCUAGGUUUCGCUGGUCAAGGUCUACAUGUGGGACAUCAUCUGUUCUCUCCCCAGCAGCAGCAACAGCAGCAGCAGGGUGCGGUUUUCGUGCCAUCGGGAUUGUCUUCUGCUGCGCAGACGACUGACGUAAAUUUUCAUCCUCAUCAUCAUCAUCAUCCUCAACAACAGCUUCCCGUGCAGGUUGGGGGCGUGAACAACGAAUUGGACACAAUCAUGGCUGAGGAUUCAUCGCAGUCCCAGACGUCCUCCCGUCACCACGGCAAUGACAGCAGCAGUGGUGGUGGGUGUGUUUUGGCGCCGCACCCUUCGUCGUCGACGUCGCCCUCAUCGUCUGCCGCUGUAUCAGUGGAUGGUCAGAUGUCAGACAUCCCUCUCAUGACCUCUGUGGCGGAGGGUGCUACGGGUCUGGGUCAGUGGCAUCGACGCACAGGCGUGUUUAUGGCAGUCCACCCAUUUCAGGACCAGAACAGCAUGACCUUAUUGACCUCUGGUGUUUUCCCUCCACCCUCCUCAUCUCCCUCCUCUCCCUCUUCUUCCCCCACCCCCUCCCCCUCUGCCUCAUAUCAACAUCAGGUGUUGUCCUCCUGCCAUCCUUCCUCCUCGUCCUCCCCCUCCUCCACCUCCUCCGCCGUUCCUCCUCCUUGCCCUUCCCCUUCGAGUCUGACUUGUCAUGCUACAUCAGCACCUCUAAGCCCCGCCUCUAGCCCUGCCCUUCUGUCAGAUCACCUGUCAUAUUCGCCGCAGCUCAUACCUCCCUCCUUGUCUCCAACACCACCCGGUCGCCCCUUAAGUCCUUCACUAUCUGCGAUAACAACAGCGGAGUUGCCUCCCCUCGACGAGGCGUCCGGAUACCAGGACUGUGCCACACUGAUCUCCUCUCACCCGCCAUCAUCAUCGCCAUCACAGCUGAUUCACGGAGCAAACGGGUUUGUACCCACGCCGCUACUGGACGACAUCGUUGAUCGUUGCGAUGUCCCGGCCAGUGGGUGGGGCUACCUGGGGGAGGAGCAGAUGGAUGUCACAUGACCCUAACCCCUCGUCCGUCAUUGGUGGGCAAGCUUCGGACUUGAACUGCAGUUUGUUGGAAUUACUUAAAUAUCACUUCAUCAUACGAAGUCUUAACCCUGGAGGUAGACUCUUGUUUCAUGCUGUUGUUUCAAUGCAUGUAUUUUUUUUUUUUAAAUCUUAGAUCGCGCAGAAGACACUCCAAUGUGUUGUCAUUCUGCCCUAGCGUAUACACUUGUUCAUAUCGUCCUGUUUGAAUUGUUGCCAAAAGCCAUAACGAGCAUACUUACUUCUUCACCAGAUGUUCUGGAUCAUCAAUCACGUUAAUGUACAGUCUUCAGUGGAAAAGAAAAUAAAAAGAACAUUUUUUGUUUUCUGAGAAAAGAGAAAGACGUAAAUGAGGAAAAAGAAAGAUGAUACUGCCCUUUCAAAGGCUAUCGUCAUCUUUUGGAUGUGACAACAUUUAUAUACUGAGAGUGAGAAAGAAAGAGAUGUGUGGGGGAAAAGAAAAAAA